CUGCAAGUCAGUCUGGAGAGAGUAACUGCGGAAACACCUCAGUAUCUCUGAAAAGAGAAUGGAAAGAAGUGGACUUUAAUGAGAUCUUUGGCAGAUUGAAGUGUGUAAGACAAACUGAAAAGAUCCAAAAUGGAAAUGAAAAGCAGUCUGAGGAGGGCCCAGUCCCUAAAACACAUCUCGACCGAAAGCCAGCAGUCUUGGAGAGAUGCUGCGCUUCGGGAAAAGGGAAAGUCUGUCUCACAGCUGGUGGCCCAGUACCAAACCUCACUGGACUUAAAGAAUGCAGAUUCAGAAGAACAGAAGCAAAAGAUCCUAGCCAGAGAUGAUCCACCAGACACUAAAUUUGAAGCUCUUUUGAAGACGUUUGAGUCGAGACAGAAGCCAAAGAAAUCUGCUCAUUAUGACAAUGGAAAUCUACUGAGGAGCAAAUCCAUGGAGCACCUCCCUCGUCAGGGGGAAACAAGUAUCUCGUCACUGCUGGCCAUCUUUGAAUCCACGUCACCCUUGAAAGAGACAUGGAGGAGCCCUCAAGUGAAACAGGGACUGACUGCUGACAAGUCUGUCUUUGUUCCAUCUAAAAGGGAGAGACCAGUCACAAGAAUUUGGCAGAAGGUAGUAACAUCAGCAGAAGUAAAGGAAAUUGAAAGUAUUCCAACCAGAGAAGAGCAGGCUGUGAAUAAGAAUGUGACCCAUGGCUGGCCAGACAGAUUUCUGAGAGGAGAAAUGAUAGGAGGAUUGUCUCCACCUCUUGCCAAGACGAUGGGUCAAGCACAAGAAAAGAGGUUGCCACGGUUAGACCACCAGGAGGCCCCCUCUGCUGAAACCCAAACACGAGAGAAAUCCUUGAAUUCUGUGAAAGAAAGAUCCGCACUCUAUCUGCCCAAAGUAACAGCUGUGGACCUUCCAGGCAGCCCCAUAAAACCAGAUAAUUUGGCACAGCAGACUGUUAUAAUUACUGGAAACUCUCCAAAGACACGUAAGAUGGCAGAUAAGACCAAAAAGAUAAAGGUCUCAGCACCAUCAAAUGGGGCUCAUGUAGAAGACGAUCUGCCUCCCCCUCCACCACCCAGACCUCAGCAGGAAGAAUUGCCAGCGGCUGAAGAGCAAAGUGUCACAUUUGUGCCAGUGCCUCCACCGAAAGAAACCUUUUCCACUUUCUACCAGCAGCGGCAGAAAAACGAACUGAAAAGGCUCUUUAGGCACAUGCAUCCGGAGCUCAGGAAAAACUUAGAGGAUGUUGUGAACCAGGAGCUAGUAGAAGUGCUGAGCUCAGAAGACACACAGGCAUCUGUGGAAGCUGGAUAUCAGGGAGAAGUCCAGUCCAUGCGCUGGAUUUUUGAGAACUGGGCACUGGAUUCCAUAGGAGAUCCUCACUCUACUAAAAAGAUGCUGGAAGAGGAAGCUUUGAUGGGUGGGAAUGUUAAAGGCACCUCUUCUGUGUUUGAACACCAGGAUUCAGACAGCACGCAAAUAUACAGCUCCGUGGGAUCAAACGUUCCAGUCAGAGGGGACGUACAUGCAGCAGCUUGGUUGUUUGAGACACAGCCGUUGGAUUCCUUAAACAAAAUACACCCAGAGGAAGGAGACAUAGUAGAGGCAGUGCUAAAAGAAACAGUCCAAAGGGGUGAUGUGAAAGGAGCCAAACUACUGUUCGAAUCCUACCCGUUAGAUGCACUGGGUCGUUGCAACUCUGUGGAAGAUCACAGCUUCCUGAAACUGAAAUCGGAAAUUCAUGAGCAAAAAGGAGAUGUUCAAACAACUGUGAAACUCUUUGAGACGGAGCCGUGCUGCGCUAUCAGAGAUAGCACGGGUAACAUCCAUGAAGUCACAUCCAUAUGCAGAGAAGAAAUUCAAAGCAGCAGUGUCAGAAGCGCACGCUGGCUAUUUGAGACCCAGCCUUUCGAUGUCAUAAACCGGAAGGAAUCUGGGGUUCAGAUAAUUCGGGGUAUCUCCUUGGAAGAAGAUCAAAAGGGUGGAGUCGAAAGAAUGAGAUGGAUGUUUGAGACUCAGCCUUUAGAUACUAUACAUGAAAGUAUUCAAGAACCUAUGUUCCAAGCUACCACUGAACAGGUGGAAGGAGCUGAUGUUGGAAACAAGUGGCACCCAUUUGAAACACAGCCCCUGGCUUCACUGAAAGGAGAAUUCUCAGAUGAAAGUCGCUGCAGGGAAGAGAUAGUUGGUGGUGCUGUGAGAUCCACCUUGUGGCUGUUUGAAACACAGCCCAUGGAAAACUUGAAGGACAACUAUGAAGUUGGUCGCUUACAGAAAAUCACAGUCACUGAUGAAGAAAGGGGAACAGUGCAGAACAGAAAACAUGUGUUUGAAACAUGCACUCUAGAUACCAUUAACAAGGAAUUAACUGAAGGAGAAAGGAAAGGUGAUAAUUAUGAGAUAGAAAAAGGUGAUGUUAAAUCCUACAAGCACCUUUUUGAAACAAUUCCUCUGGGCAACAUUUCUCAAUCUGAGGAUGAGUCAGUUGAAAAGUGCCAUAAAGUUGUAGUUGGAAAUGUAAAAAGUAGCAGGGAAUUAUUUCAGACUACGCCCUUGUAUGCAAUUAAAGAUUGCUCAGGAAAUUACUAUGAGGUGACAACGGUAAGCAGAGAGCAGAUUGUCCAUGGAAAUGUGCAAAAAUACAAAUGGAUGUUUGAAACCAGACCUCUAGACCAGUUUGAGGAAGAAAAGGUUGAGAUCAUCAGAGGCAUUACCAAGCAAGAAGAUCAGACAGGUGAUGUCAAGACAACAAAAUGGCUUUUUGAAACACAAUCACAAGAUCGCAUCCAUUCACAAGUCAAUCAGACAGAGAAGCCUCUAUCAAAUCAAAGGGAGACUUUACAAAGUGGGGAUGUAAAGACAUGCAGGUGGCUGUUUGAAACACAACCUAUGGAUAUUCUGUAUGAGAAAUCUGAGAAAAAACAAGAAGAAGAAACAUUACCAAAGACUGAUGUGAAAUCUUACACUUGGCUAUUUGAGACACAACCCCUGGAUACUUUAAAUGAUUUAAGUGAACGGCAUCUGAAAUUAUGCAACACAUCUCAGGAUGGACUGAAGGCUGCUGAUAUGAAAACAGAACGGCAUUUGUUUGAAACAGAAGAUUUAGACAGCACCGGAGGAACAGAUGGAGAGAAAGAAGUCAAAUAUGUUAGUCAAGUUGAUGUCCAGUCAGGGGAUGUUUCUCGAGUUAAAGAAAUCUUUGAGACAAAGUCACUUGAUGAAAUAGGAACAGCAUCUGUAAAGAUCUCAGAGGCGCUAGAUGAUAAUGAAAAUAUUCAGAGAGGAUCUGUUCGCAAGUUCACCUGGCUUUUUGAAAAUUGUCCAAUUGAUGCUAUUCAAGAACCCAAAGAGGAAGAGAAAAAUAUAAAACCGUGCUCCAUAAGCGAAGUUGAAGGUGGGAAUGUUGGCAACAAAAGGUUUAUUUUUGAAACAUUCUCUUUGGACCAGAUUCAUGAUGAAGAUCAGACGUUGGACCAUACAUCUGUUUCUGUAAAAGAACCCCUGAAUAAAGGAGAUGUGAAGUCUUGCACAAUGCUGUUUGAAACACAACCUUUGUAUGCCAUCACAGACAAAGAUGGGCAGUUUCAUGAAGUCACCACUGUCAAGAAAGAAGAAAUCAUAAGUGGAGAUGUGAGAGGUGCUAGAUGGAUGUUUGAAACAAAGCCCCUGGACACUAUAAAGCCACAGGAUGAGAUCUUUGUGAUUCGUGCUGUCACCCAGGAGGAUGUUCUCAAGGGUGAUGUGAAAACAGCGCGAUGGCGUUUUGAAACACAGCCACUCAGUUCUCUUACAAGUCAAGAUAAGAUGUGGACAAGAAAUGUGGAUGAUGUUCAAAAAGGUGAUGUAAAGUUCAACAAAGAGCUCUUUGAAUCUCAGGAGGUGACUCAGAAGAAGUAUGUAAGGAUGGUAAGUGUUACAGAUGCUCAACACGGGGAUGUCAGGACUUCCACCUGGCUUUUCGAGAAUCAGCCUAUUGACUCCUUGAAGGGGGAACUGCAGGAAAAGGCCUCUGUCCCAACUGUGCAUAGAGAAGACAAUCACAAAGGAGAUGUGAAGAGAUGCACUUGGCUAUUUGAAACACAGCCCUUGGACUCUCUCAAGGAUUCUGAACCAAAGGCUAACAUAAAGGUUCAAGAGGAAGUGCCACUGACAGAUGUGAAGAGCACCACCUGGCUGUUUGAGUCAACACCACUCGAUAGACUCAGUUUCCAAAACACAGUGGAAACGGAAACAGUGGUGCAGAGUGUGAAGGAGACUUUACACCGUCUCUAUUAUUUUAAUGCCGUUCGUUCCCAAGGAAUUGUUAUUGAAGCCAACGAAGCCAGAAGUGUAAAAAUGGCAAAAUACCAGCUAACAAAUAAAGAAGGUCCGGAAAUUCAGAAGGAAGAAGUUGUUGAAGGGAACAUAAGGGGAAUAAUGCUGCAGCUCUUGCAGAAGACAAAUAUUGAACCCCAGGGUGUUCUCCUAAAAGAAGAUGAACAGGGUAAUGUUCAAAUCACUAAACUGGAACUAUCUGUUAACCAGCCGCUGUCCAAUAUUACUUUGGAUGCACAAUUUGGGAAGGAUGAUGUAGCUCAGGCUGUUGAAAGUCUUCUCAACCAGGACAAGUCUCUGAAAAAAGGAAUCUUAAUUCAAGAAACUGAAAGGGGGCAUGCUGAAAUGACAGUUUAUUCUCUUCACAGUAACCAUAAAAAUGGGGCAUUGAGUCAGGAGAUCAUCAAAGGAGAUGUGAAGUCCACUAUUGGCAGCCUUUUAGCUUCUGCUCAAGAAACUAAAUCCUUGGCCACAUUCAAAUUGGAAGAAAAUGAAAAAGGAAAUGUCAAUUUAUACAGGAGCUGCAUUGAGAAGGGAGACCUUAAAUACUUAAAAAGUCUUCAAACAGAUGCAUCUGAAGAUGAGCCCGAUUCUUGCUCUGGGGAACAGACUGAAAUUUUACAAGGAGACGUAAAAGGUGCAAAAAAACAUCUCAAUCAACAAAAUGAGCAAGUUGAGCGAACAGUUGUUGACAUUGUACCUGGAGAUGUGAAGAACGUUAAAAAAGUAUUCUCCUCUGAAAGAGGUACAGAAAUAGGGAAUGUUCAGAAAGAAGAAAUCAUAUGUGGAGAUGUUUCCUCUGCUAAACAGUCUCUUGGAGAGGCAAGUAAUCAUCCAACUGUUGUGGAAAAAGAGGAGAUAGUGUCGGGGGACAUUAAGGCAACAUUGCAAGCUCUGGAACGAGCAAAGAAUCAGAGCAUGCGGUUGGAAAGGGAAACCGUUGUUCCAGGAAAGAUUUAUGACUUAAAUGUUGAGUUACAAGAGACAUCAGCUGAUGUCAGUGAAGCAAAACCUAGGAUAACUGAAGAUGUCAGUUCUCAAAAACAGGAAUCAAAACAGACCUAUCAAGUGGAAAGACAUGUAGUUAUGGAAGACACACAAAGUUCAGAUCUUCAAGCAGCUAUGCAAAGCCUCAGGCAGGCUACAGCUGAAGCAAAGACCCUUCAACAUGUUGUCCAGGGGAAGCAGGUAACAGUUACUCAAGGAAACAUCCAGCACGAAAAGCAGAAAACAGCCAGUGUCCAACACGCCAGGACCAUGCAGACAUCAGAACAAUUACAGAAAACAGCUGUGCAAAUGAAGGAAACUACUUGUUGUUCAAGGAAGGAAUCAGCAACCUCUACAAGAAGUGAGGAGAAAGUCACAUCUGCAUACCUAAAGGUCAGUGACUCCGUGGAGAUGCAGGGAACCAGUCAAAACUUUGAAGCUUGCCAGGAAAGCAAAGUUACACAGAGUACAGAUAUUAACAUUAAUAAAGAAGGUCCACAGCCAGUACUCUCUGUAGUAAAUCCUUUUUUCAGUUCAGAUUAUGAUGCACAAAGUUCACAGGAAAAGACAGAAACAGAAGCUGUUGUAAGAGGAGAUGUAAAGGCUGCUAUUAAAUCUCUGCGAAGUGCUGCAACAGAACAGAAACCAGUAGAAAAGGAAGACAUUGUAAGAGGUAAUUUGCAAGCAGCUCUUCAGUCUCUGGAGAAGUCUAACAUUAAUGUAUCUAAAGGGGACUUUAAAGCUGCUAUGAUAUACAGAAAUGCAGGGCAGUCUUACUCAGAAUGCAGAAAGAAAAAAGAUACCACAUCUGUUUGCAACCAGUCUGUUUUCAUCUCUGUACCUCCAUCUGAUGCUGAAUUAUCUCCUCCAGUUUCAGUGACUGAUGGAGAACAGCAGCCACCCGCAACAGUGAGCAAAGCAACAAUAACAAGCUCCAACAAGGAUGAAACUGCAAAUAAACCAUUUAAUUCUUCUAAUUUGAUAAGCAAUUCUGAGAUCCCCCCGCCUCUUCCUCUCAAGACUUGUGAAAAGCUGACAACCCAGAAACCAGCCCUUCCACCAAAACCAGAACAUCUGAAUAAAGGCCCCUGUGGUGCACCAGCAAGUAGACCUGUUCCUCCACCAAAACCUCAGCAUCUCAGAGAAAAACAGCAUACUCCAGUUAUUCCGAUUAAAGUCAAACAACAGCUACCAGCAAAACCGUCACCAGUACCUAUGACUCCAGAGCCUUUGUCAAACAGUCAAGAUGUAUUUAUCACAAAAUCUACAGACAAACCUUCAAAAAAUUAUCUUCCUGCUAAAGUAUUAACAUUAUCAAGAAAACAAGACAUGGACUGUGAAAACACUGGAUUUCAUGCUGCGUAUUUUGAUACCAAAAAGGAAAAUUUGACAGAAAUUGAUAAAACACUUCAAUUUGUGGAUCUAAAUAAAGAAAAGAAAAAAAUUCUGACGAAAGAGACAGUUGAAGAAUUACAGUCAGCAGCCAAAACUAAAAUCCCAACUUGUGAAGUGAUAGAAAAAAACAAGAGUGUUCCACAAAGCAUCAAUGCUGUAGAAGAGAUUCGAGGAUAUAUGCAGUACUAUUCAGAGAACAGUGAAAUUAAAAAUUUUCAAACAGCUCUUCAGAACUUUGAUGAUAAGAAGAAAUCUUCAGGUCAAUUAAGUUCAUCUGUGAUAACAAAAAAGGGUGUGGUUGUGACUGCUCCACCACUGCCAAAGAAGGCCAAAGUAAUUCAAAAUGAAGAAAAAAAAGAAAUUUCCAAAUCUGAGACUAAUACCUGUUUGAGGCAAAGAACUACUGUUUCUGAACAAAAUGGCACUUACAGGCAUGGACAACAACAGAAUUCUCAAACUGAACAUCAUAGACCAUCAGUAGAAGUCACUUUUAGUCACAGACUUGAAGAGCAGCAGGAGCAACCAGAGAGCAAAGUUGUUCUUAGAGAGAAGAAAGGCAGGAGAGAGACAGAAGAUGAAAGGAGGCAAAGACUGUCAGUCCACAAAGAUGAAAUAAUGAGAGGCAAUGUAAAAGCAGCAAUGGAAAUUUUUGAAAAUCUGAGGAAACGAGAGGAGCUGAAAAUAAUUCUUUCCAAAGUUGAAGAAAUCGAAGGAGAGACAUGUAAAGUGGAUGUAAGACACCUGAAAAAUUUAUUUGAGAAUGUUCCUGAGUGGGUUGUUGGUCCUGGUAAAAGUCUGAAGAAUAAUAAACCUAAAGGGGAACAGAAAGUUGAAAAGACUGAAACACUGAAAGAUGAUACUGAAAGUAUGUCCUCUGUGGAGGUUGUGUUUGGAGAUCUAGAAAGAGCAAGUGUAGAAAUAAUUAAUUUGAAAGAGCAGACACUGGCUAGACUGAUGGAUAUCGAAGAAGCAAUAAAGAAGGCAUUGUAUUCAGUCUCCAAUUUAAAAUCAGAAUCUGACAUUGCUGGGCUGUCUGGGUUGUUUAAAGAAUCUUUAGGUACUGAACAAAACUCUGUCACUCCCAACAACAUAAGAAAAAUUAGCAUUGUCUCCAGCAAAGCCAAAUUAGAGCAUUCAAAAGAGACCUUUGGAAACAACACAAAUGAAAACAUACUGCUGUCAGAAAAGACAGAUAAAGUGGAAAAAACAGGACUGGAGGUUCCAGUUAUCAAACCUAAUUCCCCUUCAUCUCCAUCAUACAUCUCAAUUCAGUCUGCUGCAAGAAAACCUACUGAGCCUCUUAAGUCAGAGGAGUCCAUGUCAAUACCUUCUGAAAAGCAAGUUACAGCUGAGAAGGUACAGAGCGAUUGCAUUAACUCCAAGCCUGAAUGUGAACCUAAAAACACCCAUGGCACGAAUGGUGACCCAGACAAAUGCCCUGAUUUAUCACAGCAAGAAGCACUCAGCAAUGUUUACAGUCCUCUCAGCCCAAGAAGACAGAAAAGCGUGCUUGAGGUCAAAACAGUUCCUGAAGCUGCUGGAAUAGUCGGUACAAAAACGGUUAUGGAAAAAUAUGAAGAGACUGAUUGCUUUGGAAACAAGUUUGUAACUUCAAAGACAUCGACUAUUGUCACAAAACAAUCCGAAACAAAAACCUCAUCGACGUAUGAGGUAGUUGCCAGUCCAACUAAAUAUGAAGUUAUGACCUCACCACAGGUCAGAAGGUCAGCUCACCAUUUUUCAGAAGGUCCUCAGACAAAUUGUAAAGUCAAAGAAGGUGGUACAGUUUUUGUCACAUUUGGUCAUCCAAAAACAGGAGGAAAACAUUAAAUAUGUAGGCAUAUAGCUGUAUAGACUCCUAGAUGAUUCCUUUAAUAUUAAUGUUAUCCUUAAUAAAUUGUUUCUUUUACUGCCUA